AUGGGCUCAUUAGUUCUGAAUUUGGGACUUGUGCCCCUUCUGGCCGUCUUCGUGGCCAUCUAUUUGUGGGCAUACAAGUAUGUGUUUAACCACGAGAUUAUUCGCAAUUACUCGCAUCGAACGGUGCUAUCGACGCUGAAAAUCAACGAAUUGAUUCAGGAAUGUAACACGAAACAUGGCCUGUAUCUUGUUAGUGUGGAAAACGACGAUGUUGGUGCAGAGAACGGCUCAUCCACAUCAAAUGCUCUGCUAUCUAGUCAGCCAAAGACCACCACCGAUCGUGUGGUAGGUGCAGUUUUUGCAUCGGGAACGGCGCUUUCCAUAGAGCUCAUUAUUGUCAUGUUGUUGCAGCUCACAGGCUCGAUUACGGUGAAUUUGGCGCUUCUACCGAUACUCAUCAAGGUGCUUGUGGCAGUGGUGGCUCUUGUGCAGCCUUUUCUCGUCAUCAGUCUAUAUGUCAAUCAGCUGCUAUUUCCGAUGCCGCUGUUAUCGUCGCCGCUGUCUCUUAUUCGCAUGGUAGUCACAUUUGCGCUUCUCAUUUUGUGGUUCAUUGUACUCGAUCGCUUUGGAAGCAUAGCUGCGCCCUUGGGUGAAUCUACCGGAAAGUCUUUCUUGGAGGAAAAGACAAACGAUAUUGUUUUGGCCGGGAUAACCAUCACAGCCGUCCUUUCUGGUAUUGGAUGUGCUCUGACUCCUGUUCGAAGCUGGAUAGAACAGCGCCUGGGCCGCAGCGACUCUGGGCCUGCCAAAGGGGACUUCCGUGCAGUCAACGAUCUCAUUCAGUCUUUCAAUGCUGCAAAAAUGCUAGAGGAGAAGCGCCUGCGUGAACUUGCCCUUUUGAAACAGCUGUCGGCUGGCACCAUCUACAACACGCCUCCAAAAGCUAGUGGAUUGCGUCUGAUGAAACAGACCGGUGCUCAGCUUUUCAAUAAGGUGCAAUCGUUCACCAAUCUUUCCGCCUUCAGCGGUCUGGAGUCGGAGGAAAUUGAACUCGAGCGUGAAAUCGCCUCCUUAAUUGACCUCAAACAACAAGUCUACUCGGACCUCUCUUAUAAACUUGAGACGAUUCUCACUUCACGCACGGUCUCUUCUGAUUCGCGCGUCAACUUUCAAAGACUUUCACUGGCCUUUGAUAUCGCUUUCUCUGUGUACUGUAUCUACAGAAUUAUAAACGUGUUGGUUUUCCGGUUGGCAUAUCUGAUUCUUAUGAGCGGCCGUCAAAACAAAAACCUGGACGAUUUGAGCGACCACACAAGAGACGCUUUGGCCAUUACUAUUGCCAAGCUUGUUCAAUCCCUAUUUGGGUACUUACCUAUGUCUGAGGCGCAGCUCAUCAACCAAAUCAGCUUCCUUCUUUCCGGUUCCUUGUUUGCAUGCUCAUUUCAAAACGUUAUGGUCACCUUUAAGACAAUAGGUAGAUUCUUGCCGUCCAACACAACAUUAACCGACCAGAAUAUCAGAGGCUGGCUCAAAAACCUUAUAGUUAGUCAAUUUCUCGCUGUGUAUGUCAUUGCAACAGCAUUGCUCAUUCGCUCCAAUCUACCACAAGAGGCUGCGCAACAAAUCCUGAAGGUUCUUUCACUCUCUUCGAGCAGAGGUUCUUCUACGUUGAAAGGCAUGUUAGCGGAGGUCGAUUUUGUGGAUGCGUGGUUUGACAAGGUCUUUGGGUUCACUAGUAUAGCUACUCUAGUCAUUCUCUCUAUGAAGUUUUAUAUAGAGAAGGAUGGUAUCACAGGAGAUGAAUUUGAUGAAGAGAUGAUGAUGGAAGAGCAAAGUCGUGCGAAAUUUAUGUGA